UCGAGGUCCUGGCGAGUGAACACUGACCGAGGAAGAGGAGUAUGAUAAUCAGUAAUGAUGGAGUUAUGUCGCUGUUUGGAUACCGACGGUAACAGCGAGAGAACGGAGCUGGACCAGGCCACGCGCUCAACUCCAUUUAGGAACUAACGGGAUUUGUGUACACUGCAUGUUCUCUGUGGAAAGUAAAGUCAAGCAGCUUUGGAUAGCUCUUCCUGUUACAAAGUCGGCGGUUCCUUAGUUUUUGUGUUGUUAUAAAGCCCAGCUCGCAGUGUGCUUCUCAUAACAACGUAAGUAUGGAUCCCCUGGCUCACUGGGAUGCGGGAUUUCCUGCGGGAGCGCCGCAAAGUUGCGGUGAGACGCGGUUACUGGAGAUUUAGGCUUAAAAAAAGUCGGACUGGUUAGCCCUGAAACUUGUCGUAAAACACUGGUUGGCUGGACUGAAUGCUCCUUUCCUGCUAUUCUUCUCCGCUUCGCAGCGCUUCCUGCUUGUGGUGGCCACUGCACUUAAUGGCUAAAAAUACAUAAAAACUCAAAAUGGACAGCUAAUGUUGUGGGAACUGAAUUUGGAACACUUGUGAGUAUUUUUUUUUUUUACAAGCUUUGGAUCAUUUUAUUUUUGUCCUUACAACUUUUAUUUUCUCCCCAACCAGAACUCAACAGGUGGCAAUUUUGAAUGAGGGAAGAGAAGAGCUUAUUUAGCCAUAAUGAGGUGAUUCAAGAGGCUCUUAAAUACAGGCCGGUGAAAUGAUAAUGUGCUCAAACCAUGUUGAGAAACCACACAGCACAUCCCUUGAACCGUGAACUGAGACAGUGCUGCCUUUCUGAGCUUUGAAACACUCAGCCAUUAUCAAACAGAAGCAAUCUCUCAUCUGUAUUCUGUAUUUUCAAGUGGACGGCUUUGCAUGUAAUGUCAAGACGAAUGAAAGACACUUACCGUUCAGUUAUCUUUGAAUCCUCUCGUGAAGCCCACUUGUUGGUCGAGCUUUUGAACACAUUUCACUGGUCCCUGAUGAACCAACAAGAAAGACAGGAAAGGGAGCGAGGCGCAAUAAAGUACUCCUUUGUACUUUAUUUUCAAACCCUUGGGGUGCAAAAUCAGAUCCAGUCUAAACAUCUGCGUGAGGCUCCAUGGAGCCACUGAAGAACAUAUUCAGUCGUGGCCCGCUGUCCAACUGGAAAAAUUUGGAACAAUCACAAAAAGGGAACUUCACCAACCCUGUGUGGACCGCCUUGUUUGACUAUGAGGCGUCCUGUAAAGAUGAGCUCACCUUGCGUAAAGGUGACCUGGUGGAAGUCCUGUCUCUGGACUCUGAGAUAUCAGGGGAUGAGGGCUGGUGGGCCGGUAAGGUCAACAACAAGGUGGGCAUCUUCCCAUCCAACUAUGGCUCCUUUAAGCCAAGUGGAUACGGGAAGCUUCCAGGCACUGCAGUGGUCGGCGAGCUCGGCCCGGCUGUGAGCGAGUUUGAACCCGACGUGCUGGAUUUCCGGGAGCUGAGCCUGGAGGAGGUCAUCGGGGUCGGGGGCUUUGGAAAAGUGUAUCGCGGUACAUGGAGAGGCCGGCUGGUGGCUGUGAAGGCUGCCCGCCAAGACCCGGAUGAGGAUAUCAGUGUGACGGCUCAGAACGUCAGGCAGGAGGCACGUUUGUUCGCCAUGCUCAACCACCCCAACAUCAUUGCCUUGAAAGGCGUCUGCCUGCAGGAACCCAACCUGUGCCUCAUCAUGGAGUACGCCUCAGGUGGGGCCCUGAGCCGGGCGCUGGCGGGACGUCGAAUCCCGCCACAUGUCCUGGUCAACUGGGCCGUGCAGAUAGCCAAAGGGAUGUUGUACCUGCACAGCGAGGCCAUUGUCCCCGUCAUCCAUCGGGAUCUCAAGUCGAACAACAUCCUUCUGGCUCAGCCCAUAGAGAAUGAAUGUAUGGAGGGUUUGACGUUGAAGAUCACAGACUUCGGCCUAGCCAGGGAGUGGCACAAGACCACCAAGAUGAGCACGGCUGGCACCUAUGCCUGGAUGGCCCCUGAGGUCAUCAAGUCCUCCACCUUCUCCAAGGGCAGCGACGUCUGGAGCUAUGGUGUUCUGCUGUGGGAGCUGCUAACAGGAGAGGCACCCUACAAAGGGAUUGAUGGACUUGCAGUCGCCUACGGAGUCGCUGUGAACAAGCUCACCUUGCCCAUCCCCUCCACGUGCCCCGAGCCCUUCGCUCAGCUCAUGUCAGAGUGCUGGGACCAGGACCCCCACCGUCGACCCAAUUUCAGCUCCAUCCUGGCCCAGCUGACGGCCUUGGAGCAGCAGGUGAAGGAAGAGAUGCCGCAGGACUCCUUCCACUCCCUGCAGGAGAACUGGAAAGUGGAGAUCCAAGACAUGUUCGAUGAACUGCGGGCUAAAGAGAAAGAGCUGCGAUGCCGUGAGGAGGAGCUGAAGCGAGCGGCCCUGGAACAGAAGUCCCACGAAGAGUUCCUACGGCAACGCGAGCAGCAACUGGCUCAGUGGGAGCAGGACGUGUUUGAGCGCGAGCUCAGCCUCCUCAUCCUCCACCUGAACCAGAACCAGGAGAAACCCAACGUCAAGAAGAGGAAGGGCACCUUCAAGAAGCACAAGCUCAAGUGCAAGAACGGCGAGAAAAUCAGCAUGCCUCAAGAUUUCAUCCAUAAGAUUACGGUGCAGGCAUCCCCGGGCCUGGAGAAGAGGCGGAACUCUCCUGAUUUGGGGUCAGGCUCCUCGCCCUCCUUUGGCCCACGUUUCCGUGCAAUCCAACUCAGUCCCAGUGACAACAGCAGGGCAUUUGGUCUGAGCUCGGUCUGGCCCCUAGAGGCCCCCUCUCAUAAACAAGCCAAUGGAGACCUGAGGCUGGGCCCCCACUGGAGGCCCCAGAGCCCGAAAAGUCCCAAAAGCCCAAAAGUCCUGCGUCUGAGUCCCCAGGAAAGCAGUCUGUCGAUGAGGGCCAAGCUCCUGGAGUCGGACAGCAAUGAGAAGGGGGAAUCCAAGGAUGACUUUGAGGAGUACAGACCCUCCACGCCUACCCCUCCCAUUCCCCCUGCUCAGAACGGCUCCUCAGUGAAGGACAGCCUGCGGCUUCCUCUACCUCAGCGAGACUCGGUCAGCGAGGAAGGGGGUUCCUCCCCAGCUGGCUCCCCCAGGCCUGAGAGGGGUUCCCACGGUGGCCUUAUUAAGAGCACCCACCGGGCCCUGCUGGGCAGCGGCUCCCUCCUGGCCUCCGUAGGACUAGGUCGCUGCCUGGAUAUUCCCCCAAGGGUGCCCCCUCGAACUAACCUCCCUUCCCUGGAGAGCCGCACCCCCUCUGAACCAGAGAUCUCAUCCCCUAUGCCCCUCAUUUCAGACCCCCCGGUGGUGGACGAUCUCAUCACCUUCUCCACCUCUGAGACGCUCCCCAGACCGCUCUUGGAUUUACCUCUGCAGUACCAAGAACUGAAGCCCUUACCCCUGACGCCACCUCCGCCGAAUCCUCGUGAGAGGGGCGGCCACCGGACGCCGCAGAUACCGCAAAGUCCGCAGAGCCCCAGGACUCCUCUGCAGCACGGCAGGGCCAGCCCAGGGGAAUGGACCCCAAGUUCCUAUUCGACUAACGGGGAGCUUGGCUGUGAGGCCUGGGAGCACAAAGCUGACAGGAGGAGGAGGUCCAGCCAAGGCCUGCACACCUCUCAGCUGGUAUUGGACCUGCCCUUAUGCCAAGACACACAAGACGCCGAUGACAAACCCUCUGUGUCCUUAUCGCUUCACCCCAACCCCGCCCUCUGGAGCCCCAAAACCCGUCGCCUGGAAGUCAAUGUCAUCCCCCGGCCCCGCCCGUCCCCCAUCCGCCCCCGCAUCGACCCCUGGAGCUUCAUCUCGGCUGGUGGUGGGAACUCAGGUGGUGGCCGCAGCCCACACCGUGUGGACAGCAGCCCUCUGGGCUACCAACCCUCCCCUACCAACCCUUUCACCAACUGUGACCCCUUCCCAUCGCCAGACUGUGACCCGUUCACCCUCAAGGCUGACCCCUCAAGCGGCUCGGACACAGCUUCCCCCUUCGACCCCUUCUCGGCUCCCUUUCCCACCUCCCGUUCUGCCCCGUGCUCCACUAAUGGCUCACCCACACUGCCCUCAUUCCGUAUAGCGCCCAUCAACCUGGCCGACUCGCCACUCAUUGACCUUGGCUGGGCAGCCUGCAGCAAGCCCAUAGAUGGCGCCAAAGAGAGAGCUCAUCCCCGCAAGACACUGGGGCUCAAGCCCUUCAAGUCCCCAACGCAACUCAGAGACGAUAGGUUCUAAACCUGUGCCUGUGGCAAGGCAACACAGUCCUUUCCACUACUUUAUCCUAGCGAGGAUUUGGAAUCUUGUAAAAACAAAACAAAACAACAACAAAAAAAAAACGCACACCCAUCACUACCCACUGAGGUAGGUUUCCCCCAUGGGAGCUCCAAUCAUUGCAGGUCCUAUUUAUACACCAGCCUGCUGCUUUGGAAUCCUGAAAGCCAGUGAAAGGUGGUACAUUGGAUUGUGGGAUAGCUGCCUUUGAACCAAUAGCUGGUGCCCAUUUCAUUCUUCCUCUUUAUCUCGGUUUCUCUUUCCCUUUGAAGGAGCAGAACACAGAUCACUAGUCCCAUCUUCAGAUUCUAUCAGACUGCUCAUAUCACCUGCUUUCAUCUCCCCCCUACCUUUGAAGCAUUGUGACAAUGCAGAGGUGGAUAAGGCGACUUGCACAGCUUCAUCUGCCUCUACCUCUCUGCAGACUGAAAGCAUUCAGGACAAUGGAAAAAUUGGAGUGCCUUAUUUUGUGAAGUGUUUUUAGUAUAUAUCUUUUCAAGAUUUCUUGAAUGGUUAAUCUGGUGCAUAGGGAAGAUGCUAUGAAUUUGGCUUAAAUUUGCAAAUCAGCUUAGUGUUGCCGUGGAAGAAAAUGUCAUGUGCGUGCGUGCGUGUGUGCAUGUAUGUCUAGACUCAUUGUUCAAGGAAAGCUUACUGUUUUUGUUUUUUUAUUUUAAACAGCAGCUGCCUGUUGCAUUAUGGGAGAAAGCACUCAGAGUGGAUAUUCCAGGCCACUCAUGAAAUCCAAGACAAAUCCAUGACCCAGACAUUCCACUUGGAAGCAGAUAAAAUUCCAGUCACAUUCCCCUUGAAAUGCCAGGGAUUGGACAGAUUCAUUGGGCUGGCAGGCGACACAGUGCCGGAAACAGGACGGGGGAGCCCUCUGCAUUCCCCUCAUAUGCCAAAGAAUGCCACUGUGACAGAGUAAGGGCUGGGACAAAGAGUGUUUGCAAAUACAUUGUUUUUACCUCCAUGGAGUGCCAGACGGGUGGAGGCUGCCGCACUGGACAGCACAGAGAAAGUUGAGACAAUCACAGAUAGUAUUUAAACACAACUUAAAUAUACUUUUCUGUGGUUAUCUGAUUAAAUAUCACCCUUGCCGUCUUAUCACUACCCGUCUGAUGCUGUAGGAAGGUUCAACCAAAUACUUUGAAGUAUUUGCAAAUACUAUAAUACGUCUGUAUGGAAGCUUCAUUGAAUAAUUUAUUUAUUUGUACAGUCAACCAGAGUAGUAGUAGCCUCACAAGCCAGCCUGCAGUUUGGCAGACAUGAUUGACACUUCUCUCCUUGACCGGAUUGGAUGAGCAUUGCAUAGCUGUUAUUAGUCUCAUCUUCCAAUGUUUGAAUCAGGAAAAGUGUUGUGGUUGUUGCGGGAAUGUUAAAUCUACCUGUAAUGAUCCACAAAAUUUAGUUUCUGAGAGAAGGAAUGAAAAAAAAAAAAUCCAAGAGAAUAGUUUGACAUUUUGGGUAACCCACUUAUUUGCUUACUUGAGUGAGAGUGAUAUGAAAAGAUUAAUGCUACGGUUAUAUCGUACCUUUCAAUAUGAAGCUGGAGCCAGCAGACGAUAAGCUUAGCUUAGCAUAAAAGCAGGGGUAAAAAGCUAGCUAGUUCUGUCCAAAGUUAACAAAAUCUGUCUUCCAGCUUUGUGAAAUUCCCUCAUUAAUAAAUCACAUCUUGUUUUUUUAAUAGCAUUGACUUCCUAGAGUUUUGUUUUGCCAGGAGGUUGCCAGGCAAUCAGUGAAGACUCCAUGAAAAGAAAACGAGGUGCUGAUCAAUGGAUUUUAUUGCCUUUGGACAGAGCCAGGCCAGCUGUUUCCCCCUGUUUCAUCUCUUAAUGCCAAGCUAAGAGAACUGUUCUCAACCUUUUUAUGGUUAAAGACCUCUAAAUCGAUACGCAUUAGGUCACGCACCCCCAUUUGAUAAGAUUUAGCUUCAGGGACCAGGGGGCCAGGGACCAUCUAAACAUUGGUGAUGGGAAACAUGGGUCAAAACAUUUAGUGGUGAGAUGUAGGCUGGCUUUGUGAGACUAGAGAAGCAGGGCUCCUAACUCUUGUCCUUCCCAUUUUUUUUGUUAAAGGUCCAGUGUGUAGGAUUUAGGGGGAUAUAUUGACAGGAAUGGUAUAAAAUAUUCCUAAUUAUGUUUUUAGUCACCUAAAAACAAAAAUUGUUGUGUGUUCAUUACCUUAUAAUGAGCCAUUUAUGUCUGCAUUUGGACCAUUUGUGUUUUUGUGUUUUUUGCGUCAGCCUCCUGUAGUUUCAGAGUGCAAUCUACAACCUUAGAUGCCACUAAAUCCUACACACCACACCUUUAAAAAUCCAUCCUAAACCAUUUUAACACUGCUAAAUAGAUCUGGUAGGAUCCUAUGAAUCACUGUGAUAUCAUUUUUAGAUAUUUCCACAACAGAUACAGUUUAGAAGCUCAAUUUUAAACAAUAGUAUAGGAAGAAAUUCAUUGUAGAAAUAUCAAUUUUUCCACCGGCAGCAGUCUCAAGAGACCGGAAUGCACUGGAGCAACAGCUUGCCCUUUUACUCUUGGUUCACAAUCAUUAUCAUCGCUGAUCGUUAUACGUACUAAGUGUUCAGGCACUUUCUUGUGAGGCGGAUUGAGGGAAAGUAGCUGCAGCAACAAAUACUUCAUCAGAAAGUAACCCCUGGAAUGGGUUGUGUCCAAGGGUGUGUUUUUUUUAAAUGGCAGUCACCUGGUGUAUUGACAUAAUCUGUGGAGGUCCAAGCAUGUAAGCAACUGACAGAGACCCACUUACGAAUGGCGCAAAUUCGUCACCCAUGUCUUUGCUGGAGCAUUACGAGGUACAAAUACUAAUGAUUGGCUCCAUCAGUGACACCGUGUCAUUGGAGGAUAAUAACGGCUUUGUUCUGAUGAAGAGUGAAAACCUUGUCUCCAAAGGGGAAAGCUUUGUGAUUAGCCUAAUAAUCCGUCUGACGAACAGAAGAGGCUGAUAGUGAUAAUUAGCCUCUUGAUAAGAGUAGAGAGCAUUAACAAAGCGUUCAGAUAUUUGGUUAAUUAAUUUCCCCCGACGUUACGAAAAUGCCCCGCGUCCUCCUCGCAAGGUAUAUUGAGUCGCCUUGUGCAUCAGCUUACGUCUCGAUUUAAGCUGUGCCCUUUUUUUAUGCAUAAAGUUUCAAAGGCGGGUUGAGCUAUCUUUCCUCCCUUUUCUCUCCUUUAUUACUCUGUUGCCACUGGCUGUUCAGCUGCUGACCGGAUGAAAUCUUCACCGCUGAGGCUCACCUUUUUCUACGUCCUCCGCCUUCAGGUGAUGUGGGAGAUUUUCUUUCUCUCUCCUCUCACUCCUACUCCUUUGCUUCCUUCUUCUCUGGAAAGUUUUCUUGGGGGCAGUUUUGUCCUGACACUGCAGAGCAUUCAGUUCAGUAACAGCCAGGUUUCUAUCCAGUAAAAAAAAGAAAUAGCAUUUGUCAUAGGACAGAGUCCAUUAACAGAGGAGUGCUCAUUUUACACAGGCAAUUGGAUUUGUUUGAACUUGAAACAGGAGCUUUAUUGAAUAUUUCUAUUGCGCUUUAAUGUGUCUGUUCAUCAUCUACUGGACAUCCAAGAAAUACUCAACAGUAACAAAGAGACACAGUGCUUGUAAAGGUCUUAGUAUGCUUCAGACAAACUUGAUAGACAUCUAAAGGCAGACAUUUGCAUGUACCUGGAGGCUUAAAAACCACAUAAGGGGGCAGGUCAGGUCUGACUCUUCCCUAGCUGGAAUAUCUUUCUUGAGAACAUCCAAUCUGAACAACAGAAACAGAGCUAAACAUUGCAAGACUUUAUCUCUGGUUCAAUUAAACAACUCACCUGUCAUCACAUAGACAUGAGCACUUUAGAGCAUCCUUCCUGGUGUGCAAAAGUUGGAGGUUUGAUCCAGAAUUUGCCUCUCUCAGCAGUGUUCCCUACCUUGCCUUGCUCGCCUGUCCUCGCCACAAACGUUUUACAGACGUGACAAGUGAUGAGUUAUUGCCUCGUGUCAACACACAAAGCCACGAGAGCUAUCCUGUGAUAGUCAUUAGGCUGGGAUGGCUGUUAUUGUCAACAGAGCUCUGCGAGGAGAAAUGAUACAUGAAGGAAAUUGAGAUGAUUGAAACGUCUGGCAGAUUAUUUCUGUCACAAUUUCUGUGUGUGUGUCAAGUAUCCACUUCAGCCUGCCACUCAUGUCUUGUCUGUAUGUUCACUCAGCGCCAGACUUUAAUUUUCCCUCAGACCUGAUGUUGAAAAGUGUUGCCUGCCGUUCUCCAUCUAGCUUGCACACGUUGAGUAAUUGACUUUAUGAAAUAUGACUUGCAAUAACAGGAGUAGGCUUUUCACAUAUGAUUAAGUUGUUGCCCAUAGUCAGAGUGGGUUUCCUCCUGGAAGUGGUUCCUUUGAAGUGGGUAAAAACUUUCCUGCUGCAAAAUGAAAUGUACAUAGAAAUACAUUAGAAUACUUAAAAUGUAUGCUUAUUUUACCAUAAACAAAAUACUUUCACCUCAGCUCUUAAUCUGACAAAACUCUAGUUUGGUAGCUGAUGGAUUGAGUAGGACACAUUCUUAAGAAGUCUUUUGUGGUCAGGGACGUCCGAUUUUUGGUUUUGGCUGUCAGAUGUAGGAACCGUAGCUGCCACUCCUCUUCCCGAGCUGACAGCCGGCACUCCAAUAAGAAAGCGCUGAUGAGUUGCUUGUGACGCUCUGCUCUUCCAGGCAUCGCCCCAUCCGUCACUGCAAAUCAGCGUCCCGAGUACAAACUGACAGGGAGAAUGGAAGCGAAUUCUCUGCAGGAGAGAACGAUAUCUGGCCACCGGUGAUCCACUUUCAGCCCUCACAGUGGCCGGAGGCAGACAUGAUUUGAUGAUCUUAAUUCGAAGUUCAAGCUCAGACCAUUGCGCCUAAUCAGUGAAUGGCAAAUGGUCAAUACAUUACAUGAAUAAAAGCUAAUGAGAUGGCACAAUGGAGGAACCCAAAGGCCCUGACCCUCAUCACACCAAGAGGCUACUUGUGAUCAGAGGUUGUGUUAUAGAAUUUCAGAGAUGAAAAAUCAGAGCCAUUAUCUAGAGGGGAAAAAGACAUGUUGCAAGCUACCUAUUUGCAUUGCCUAAUGCAACCAUCCAUCAGGGUCAUAGUCACAUUUAAAGCUUAAUUUGGCUCUGUGAAAACUGGAUAUGUUUACAUGCAUACUUAUUACAUUAUGUACCCUUAUUAAGCAGCUGAUUCAAAUUGAAUGCCACUGACUAUUUUAAAUGCUAAAAAGUAAACUACGCUCAUUUUCAAAAUUCAUACAUGUUAUACCUGUGGUCUAAGACAGUCCAAAAUUUUAGUAAUCAUGAACAACUUUCUUCCAAAUCCAAAAACUCAAAUUUGUGAUGUCAUUAUGUGUUAAGUCUGGAAAGAUGUUUUAGAUGACACUGAGAGCACCCAGGGAAAUGUUUUGAGAAUAUGGGUACAUUCUCUAAUUCAGAACUGAGAACCCUGCAGUAAAAUAAAGCUUGCGUAUAGAAAGGACAACAUUCUGAGGGUCCACAAAAUCAGGCUCCUGUUCAUUGUCCAUGGAGCAGCUGCAGAUUGUAUACUUGAUGACAUCACAAGUUUGAGAGUUAGCAGCCUGUUGUCACCCCCAGGGCGUCCAAUACUGACAAAUUGUCAUGCCCCUCGGUGUGAGAUAUUAUAUCACCCAUAUGUGGCAGUACUUGACGCUGGGGGCAACUGACGUUGUAUAAAGCAUGAGAUAGUCCAUGUAGGGUGGGAAGGGUAGAGAUAGGUCAAACUAAAUUGGACUUUCAUCCAGAAGACCACAGCUCGUGUCCCGUGUGAAAUCAAGUCAAUGUUGCUUAAACAUAACGUUAUGCAAUUUACGUACAUUCGUCACACAAUGAUGAAACAAACAUACUUAUUUUAAACCAAAACAUAUUUUUUCCUACUCAUAACCAAGUACUUUAGUUGUCUAUACCUAACCAUGACUUUCACAACAUUCAUUAGGUGUUACAAUGCCUUUAGCUGUGCGUCACAUAGAUUCGCUAAAGGAUCAUGACAAAGCGUCGGAAUUGGACGACCUGGGAAUAAGAACGGGUUUGACUUACUUCUCUUGUUUUUGGCUUUGAGACAGAGAGAGUAGCUCAUGUUCACAAAUAUUGAUUGAACUUUCCAAGGCCAAAGAAAUAACGUAAUUUAGGUAGUGUUCCCCUUUAGAUUGAACUAUCCUGUUAACUCUAAGUAACAGAGCACAGUGUACACAUAAACAUACCCAUCUCUAAUGUUUGGCUUCAAGUCCGGAGGAGACUUUAUUUCUUAAAUUGCUGCAGCUCUGGUUAAAUCAUGUUUUCUCUCCUUCAUGGUUACACAGAAAAUUGGAGAAUGGAGGGGAAAAACUGCAUCUGAACAUGUGUCGCAUUUAUUUUAUUGAUGAAAUCUUACCUUGGCAGGUCAGCGAAGAGUAAAUUCUAAAACGACAAAAUAGAUGGCCUGGCAUUUCAGUGGCUUUCACCCCAUUUACCAUUGCUGCCUUUGCUUGCUUGUGUUCAAUUAAGUGGAGGUUACAAACAUACCUGGUUAUCAGCCUCGUUUCACUUGUCUCACAGCCAGCCGUCAGCGCCAGAGACACAUUAUUGCUCUUUCUGGCUCAUAUUAACUGAAACACCUGCCCAGACCUUUGUUUGGCAUUAACAGGCCGAGACCAAAUGAUCAAAUAUGACCUUCCAUUGACUGUACAGGAAUUGCACAUCCCAAUAGGGAUAUGGACAAAAGCCAUGUCUGCGAGAGGCGCUGCCAGGGGCGUAAGCUAAUGCUUGGUCUCUCAAAGUGUGAACAUUAUUCCUAAUUCUUUUCAGUCUGCCUCCAAGGUCACCAUCUGCUGUCCUCUCUUUCUCUAACAACGAAAACUGAAUGAAUGGGAGCCACGAAAGGUGGACCAAUUUGUUUCCAAGACCACUGUAACAGCUCUCGGAGAAGGCUGGUGUUCUGUUUAGCAAAAAUAAACAUGGAUUUUUAUCUAUGAGGUUAUUAAGUCCAAGGCCCGCACACUCGUCCCCCCUCCACUCGCCUGUGGUCGUGAUUAUUGUUCUGCCUCACCAUUGACACUCAAUUACAUCGUGAUCUUCCUGGAAUAGAAGCCGCUCAAUCUGUAAAUUUCUGUUUCUAGAGUGUUGAGUGAGCGCGCUGCAAACCAAUUGGUUGAGUAAACAGCUCUAGUGUCUCAAAUACAGAGACUGCAAAUGAUUUAUUGUCGUCUCCUCUACAUUGCUUGCAGAUGAAAGGAGUGAAAUAGCCGAUGUAACGCUGUGUCAUACUACAUGUCAGGGUGCAAGCGAGUUUUACCAGAAUCAGAAAUAGUUUAUACUUUAUUGAUCCCCGAGGGGAAAUUAUUUAUGUUACAGGUGCUUCUUGCAAGAGAGGAAAGAUACGUGAAAAUAUAAGAAGUUUAAACAAUAGUACCAGUACAACCUAUUAAGCAAUCAAUGAAGCUUGAUGCAGUUAUUGCAUCAAAAAUACAGUUUUCCCCACCUCACAUCAUUUUUACCAUUCCAAGAGUUAGUAUUGUCUUUAUUCCUCCCAUAACAUGUUUUAGGAAUGCCUUUUCAGCAGCAAAUUUAAAUGAAACUGGUCAUUGCUAUGCUAGCUAAUUGCAUUUGCCAUAGUCCAAGCUAGCUUUGUUCUCUCAAUGGUCAGCUGCACCGAAAAUAGUAAAUUGCACAAAUUUGGAUGUCAGGUUUGCCUAAGUUAAAAUAUGGAAAACUCUGCAUGGAUUUUGUUUGAUUCGUAGCUCAGAUUCCAGUGAAACAAAUCAGCAAGAGUGCUGAAAAUACGAACAGGUUGAGUUAGCAUUUUAGCACUUCUGGUUCCCUUACCUCAAAGUUUAUAGUGUUUUUUGAACGGGGUUUUGGUUGGAUGCCUGAAAUAAGGUCUGUGGUUAGCACCAGCUUAAGAGACUUUUACGCUUUUUUCUACGACAUAAAAUACAAUAGUAAAUACUUGUAAAUUUUGAGGCCUUUAAGUGUCUCAAAAAACUAACAGGCUAGCUAGCCAACAAGUAGCUAAAUGAGACUACAGAGCAUCACCAUGCUAAACCAUGCAGUACAGCCUCGUUGUGGUGGCGAUGUUGAAAUUGUAGUCCAUUUAUAGCCUUACGUUAACUUUUUACUUUUAGCAAUUGAAUUUAUGCUUCAAAAAGUGGCAUUCAUUUAAGGAGCUUAUCUUGCUGAACAAACAUUUUGUUUGACACAGAGCUUACUUUCUGCAGUAAUACAAAAUCCAAUGGAAAAAUCCCAUUGGCAUUUUGUCAAGGGAACCAGGAGGACGCUAACUUCCAAGCUAGCCUACAAUUAAAUGUCAUCCUUGCACCACUGGUUGCAAAUGUUGUCCAAAUGUUCAAUGUAUUAAAUUGGGGUUGACAAAUUAUACAAAUGCCAAAAUAACUAAAAUGCAUGAAGAUGGAUAGAUAUACAGAUACAGAUAUUAUUUAAGUGAAGCUUGAGGGUAUGCAAGAGUAGGUGGUCUCUUUCAGGUGCACAUGCUUGGGCUUCAGUAACUCUAAGUGAUCCACAGAGGCAAUUUGAAGCGGUCCCCAUGACUCACUGUUGGAAUCUUUUCCACUCACUGCAUCACAGUACUGUAAAAGGCUUUCCCUUUCUGACAGCUUCCCACCAGCCAGCUAAAGACAUUUACAAAACUGAUACACAGGGGGAAAAAGUGGAUAUUUAUAAAUGGCCAUCUUUUUUACACACUGGAUCAAAACUAUUUCUGUUCUCUAGAUGGCCAUGGACACGGUCUACAUUAGGAUGACGGGUCGAUUGCUUCAUAUGAACAAAACAUUUUCUAGGUUUUCACUGGAGUAUUUAAGAUGUAUGUAUGGGUGCUUCACAUGAGGCAGAGUAACUUCACAUUCCAGUUCUCCAAUUCGACCAAAAUGAUUCCUCGACAAGCCCCAGUAUUUGUGUGUAGCAGAAAAUUCAAGAGAAUUGCCUGGUAGAGCUUGAAAUCUGGUUCUUUGUGUACUUUACAGCAAAAUCCCAAACUUAAAUUGCAGCCUAAUGUCUCCUUGGGGCACCCAUACUGAAUUUGUAUGUGCAUAAAACUGCUAGAUAGAGAUGAGGAUUGUGUCUCUACCUUAAGUAGUAGACCAGGUUGACCUCCUCUCUGUCUUUGUAUCUAUUUGCUUUUAUUGUAAUUGUUCCAGAAUCAUUUCCAUGUUUAUUUUGUGUCUUAUUACAACCUAGGCGAUGUGAUAACACAAUUGUUGCAUUGCCCUGGCAGCCAUUUUUACAUCUCUCUCAGAACUGUCUCUUCUCAUGCGAGUCGGAGGUUUUGCGGUCGUCGGGCUUUGAAAAUUUGUUCUUGUUGCAUUUUUGUGAAAUCUCGCACUGGGCUGGGCCUAAUCAACUGUUUUUAUUGUUGUUGUGUCAAGAGGACUAUUUCUGUAUACAGUAUGUGAAAAUGUUUUUAUUUUUCUCUUGACUAUUAUAAUGGGUUUUAACCUGUGGAAAAAAAACAAACAAAGGAAAAAGCUCAAAAAGAGAUGAGACCAAAUAAAAUGUAACACUCCUGA